AUGCUCACGGAUCCGAUCUGCAAUACUGCGCAAGGAAAGCAGGUGAAGUACUCGUGGAACUUCUGCGUGCAGGGCAACCUCAUCCACUUCCAUUUCUGCGACAAAGGCUACCUCAACAGGGCCUUCAACUACAGCUGGAACGACUACCACAACAGAAACUACCACAACAACUGCGUCGACUUCGCCAACCGAAACUUAUACAACAGCUACGUCGACUUCGCCAACCGAAACUUCUACAACAUCUACAUCUACUUCGCCAGCAGAAACUUCUACAACAUCUACAUCUACUUCGCCAGCAGAAACUUCUACAACAGCUACGUCAACUACCUCGACGGAAGUUUCUACUACGUUCGCGAAGACCUCAGACUACGAAUAUUCAGUUACAUCCGCAAAAUUCGCAUAUGA